GACAGCGGGAUUUGAACCCGUGACGCAAAAUUAUAAACUACCCGAGAAGCCUGAUCGUUUAACCGCUAUGCUACAUAACAUUUAGUCGGAACCAGGCAAAUUACAUUAUUUGAAAGAAAAAGUAAUUUAUCAAGCGAGGGUACGAGUUGAUCUCGUGCCAUUCGGAAUGAGUGGGGAAAAUAUUUGCUAGAAAUUUGUGAAUUUUGCAAAAACAUUUUUGGAAUGAAAAAAAAUGGAAGCAGAAUAUUUGAAAUAUGUUGAAAUUGGAAUGGGGUGAAUCGGAUGAAUUAUCUGGUAGCACGUCGAAGAAUGAGAAGAAUAAAACAAAGAAGCGGAAUAAUAGUUAAUGAUGUAUGUGUGACGGCAGAUUUAUUACUGACAGUGAUGCUUGGAGAACUAGUUGAGAGUCCUGUUAAAAUAAUUUUCUUGUAUUGAUGACAAAAGCCAGUGUAGUGAUUUUCUCUUGACAACAUAUUCAAUAAAAAAUGCAUGAACAUAUUUAAUAAAAAUAAAAAAAAGCAUGCGUAAAGACAAUUAAGUGCCUCGAUGUGUCGUGUCAUUAAUUUCGUGUUAUUUUAAAAAGGAGUUUUUUCCCACUCUAGUGCCAUCUACUGGCUCAGGUGGGACACUGAAUCACUUCAUCCCAAACGCCACUUUAAAAUCUUUCAUUGUUUUCUUUUUAAUUCCCAGCAGGCUUUUUAAAGUUGGAGCGUGGCUGGUAAGACGUUGCGUUAGAUUUCUCAGCUUGCGUCACCUGUUUGCGCCAGAUAGCCAGAGGCGCCCAGAACAUGGGUGAGCUCCAGUUGCCAACACAGACGCACAACGUCAGGGUGACGUUGUGCGUCUGGCCACGCCCCCUUCGCGCACCCGACCGGACCAACCAAUGGACUACCAAAUUCACCCUGUUUUUAUUCUCACAACCUGCUGAGAAAAUUCUACUUUCCAAUCCAUGCUUUGACUUGAGGCUGCUGCGACUUGCUCCUGCCAAUCAAGAUGAACUCAAGUGGCACAUUCGCCAGCCCUCUGUGGUACCAGUACCAAAUGUGCGCCAUGGCCCCGUACGGCUUUGUCUUCUACUACGGCGUAAAGGUGUUCAACCUGGUAGUGGGCACCCCCUGCAACGGCCUGGUCAUUUGGCAGAUCGCCGCCAAGAAGAGCGACGCGUGCACCUCGGACGUGUUCAUCAUCAGCCUGGCUGUUCUGGAUGCCUACUUCUGCCUCAUGAUGCCCACCGAGCUGCUCAACUCGCUGCUGCUGGACGACGCGCGCAUCUGGUACCUGCAAAGGUUCUCGUACGGCGUUAAGGACCUAGGGGUGCUCUUCUUGGUGUGUGUUUGUGUGGAUCGCCACAUGGCGGUGGUCCACCCCGUGUUAUUCGCCAGCAACCAGAAGAACAAGAUUCGCACUGGGAUUUCGGUGGCCACUUGGGCCGUGAUCAUGCCGUACGCCCUGGCUAAAUGCAUCCUGGGCUCAAGGAGCGUCAACGGUGUCUUCAGCGGCGUGGUGCUCUUUGCGUUUGCCGUCAUGGUGCUGUGCAACAUCUCCGUCAUCUGGGUGCUGCGGCGCUCCGUGGCCGGCAAGGAGGUCAUGCACCCGGCCAAGAAGAGGGCCCUGAAAAUGGUGCUCAUUGUCCUGGCUAUCAUCGUCGUCAACUACCUGCCGCCCGUGCUGAUGCCCUUUGCAUCUUACUAUUCCCUGAUGGAGUUCACCUGCCAGAUCCGAAUUAGCGUGUACUCCAUCAUGGACUUGAGCUGCAGCGUGGAGCCGCUCCUCUAUAUCACCAAGAUGGAGUGCGUGGGAGGUCGGGGGUGUGGCUGCUGCGUUGCGAGGACGCCACACUGCAUCGAUGUCUGA